AGAUACAGACACAAGACACAGUCUUCCCUUUCCCAUCCAUAAAAACCCAAUCCAUCUCUCAUAUCACAAUUCACACUCCAUUAUCAAAAACCCUUUUUCCUUGGAUUCUCUUUCACAUUCUCCAAACACAAAACAUCAACAUUAAACAAAACCAAAAACCAAACACAACACAAACUCAAAAAACAAAAAAUGUCAUCAUCCCCUUUCCCUUCUUGUUUCCGUCCCUCUCCAACCACCGACGACAACCGUCACUCUCCACCACCCCCGCCGCCCCAGCCGCCGCAUUCCACUAACCCUAACCUCGCCACCUAUCUUUACCAAACAGACAUAGGUUUAGUUUCUUUGACUUGGUCACGUUCCAUUCUAGGUCGUUCUCUCCACGUUCAACUCCAUCACCAUCCUUUCGAUUCUCCACCGAAUCCUUCUUCUUCCUCCUUCCAUCUCCACAUCAAACCCUUCGUUUUCUGGAAGAAACACGGCACCAAAAAACUCUCUGCAAAUACUCACUUGUUCUGGAACCUCUCCAAAGCCAAGUUCGGGUCAGGACCCGAACCCAACUCCGGUUUCUACGUCGCGGUUGUCGUCGACAACGAGAUGACGCUUUUGGUCGGAGAUUCAAACAAAGACGCGUACACAAAAUCCAAAUCCAAAUCCAAAGAACCGAAGAAUAAUCAUAAUCAGUAUUUGGUGAUGAAAAGAGAGCAUGUUUACGCUAACAAAAUCUACAACACGAGAGCGAGAUUCGGUGGGAAAAUGAGAGAUAUUCAGAUAGAUUGCGGUGGGAGAGAUCAUUCGAAGCUUUGUUUCAGUGUUGAUGGAGAGAAAGUGCUGCAGAUUAAGAGACUGAAAUGGAAGUUUAGAGGAAAUGAAAGAGUUGAAAUACACGGUGUACCUGUUCAGAUCUCGUGGGAUGUUUAUAACUGGUUGUUUGUGAAAGAUAACAGCGACGGACAUGCGAUUUUCAUGUUCAAAUUCGAGGAAGAAGAUGAAGAAGAACUACAUCAACGAGGUAAAGAGAAAGGUUUGAUGAAUCUGUGGACACAGCAUAAUAUGAAUUUGGGAGGUUAUGAGUUUGGGAAAAUGGGUAAGAGUUGGUCUUCUUCGUCGGUUUCCAUGGCUUCUUCCGGUGGAUCUUUCGGUGGAAGUUCAUCGGUUUUGGAAUGGUCUAGUGUUGAAGAGAAUGAAUUGGUUGUGCCUGUUGGGUUUUCUUUGCUCGUUUAUGCUUGGAAACGAUGAAUGCUGGUUCUGUUUCUGGUUUUUCUGGUUUAGGUUUUGUUCUGUUCUAUGAUGAUUUUUCAUUAGACAAUGUUUUAAAGUUUAGAUUUUUUUUUACUUCACACCAUACUAACACAUUUGUUUUAUGAACAUAGAGAUUGAAUAAAUCUAGUUUAGGAUUUAGAUGUUUUUGAGGUUAGAUCUAACCGAUUGUUAUUCUUUACAAUGGAAAAGAAGAAGAUCAUAGAUAUUAGUAGUUGAAUGUUGAAUUGAAAGUCUUUGUAUUCAUUUUACUUGUAUUGGCUCAAGGAUUGUGAAACUUGUUGCAAUGUAAUGUAACAUUUUUUGUAUUGUGAGAAUGAGAAUCAAAUUAAUUUCA